AUGGAAGAGGAAGAAGGUGCUAAAGGCGAAUAUUUGAGAGAUAUUCAGAAAUUAUUGAUUCCACUUCAAAUUUUGCCGAUUUUAAUUGGACUUUGCAUAAAUGAUGAUGUUUUUAAGUUCUCGUAAGUUCCAAAAGGCUUUCAAAUUCCAAUUGUUUUUUUUUCAGAAUUAUUUUCGGCUGGAAAAUGGUGCUUUUAUCAAGUUGUUUAUUGAUUUUCAUGUGUUUGUCAGUGGUCGCAAAUUUUAUGGCAAAAAGUUUUGGAAUCGGGUUUCAAGGAGUUUCAUUGAUCGGGCUAAUAGGUAUGAGGAAGGAAAAAUAAAUAAUCUUUAAAUUUUUUAUAAAAAGGUCUUGGUUGCUUUUGCCAUUUCAGCACAGUUUUACAAGAAAACAACGAUAUCACUCAGAAUUUUUUGGAUAUUUUGAAAGAGGAUAAGAAUUAUGAAAUGACUGUGAGUUUCUAAAUCGAAUUUUUGUUUCUGUACAUGAUUUUUUCAGACUAUUCAUAAAUUUCAACAAAAAUUCAAAUGUUGUGGAGUGCCAUUGCCUCAGAAUUUCACCUGGAAUGGUAAAUUUGCAUUUUAAAUUUAAAAUUUUUUUGAAAAAAAGUUUCAGAAUCUACAAUCGAUACUUCAAAUCCCUUUUCGUCUUGGUAUUAUAAUUUGAUAGCUGAUGAAAAUUUUGUUGCAGAAACCAGGUUUUUGUUAAAUUUCAAAAUUUUCAUAUCCAAUAAAUCAAAUUAAAAAUUCAGGCCAAUUAUGACACUUCCAUGGUCUUGUUGUAAAGAAACAAUCAAUUGCGAUCAUUUAUUUUUUGAAAGAGUUACAACGAAAAAAUGGGAAAAUCCGAAUAUUCCAUUCACUGUUUCACUUGGAAUUCAAUUAGCUGACAAACUUUUGGUUCGUUUUUUAUUUUGAAAUUUUCAGUUCAAUUCUAUUUUUUCAGAAUUUCUCGACGGUUGACAAAUCAAUGCGAACAAUAUUUCAAGAAUCGUGUGAAGUCUCGGGAAAUCUGGAAACUGUGAAAAUUCAAAAAUACAUGUCCUAUAUACUUUUUGGAGAUGGUUGGUUUGAAAUUUUUUUUUUGAAUUUUCGUGUGGCAAAAUUUCGAGAUUCGAGAUUUCUUGCUGAAAGUCCACGUGGCAAAUUUUUUAAAUUCAAAAUUUCGUGCCAAAAAUCCACGUGGCAAAAUUUUAGAAACCCAAAUUUGUUUUCAGGUGUCAUAACUCUCGCUUGCCUUGUCUGUAACAUAUUAAUUUUUGUUCUGAACCGAUGA